CAUUAGAAUUAAUCAGAAAUAAACAUAAAUAGGAACAGUGCAGAAAGAAAUUUGUGCAACCUGACCGCACCCUUUCCCGCCGUCGGCAAACAGGCGCUGUUGCCGCCGGAUUUCAGUCACCGCUUCAUCUCCCUCCUUUAUCCUCACCCAAUUCUCUGCCUACAUUUUCUCUCUGCAGCUGUGACACACCCAUAUUCUCUCCCUCUCUCCCAUUUGAGAGUCGCCGUCGCCUCCUUUCCGACGCCGCCGAUCAUUUCCAGCCUCUGUCGAUGCGUACUAAUUCUUGGUAUGAGAUUCCUAAACAAAAUCACCCACGCAUCGCACUCUUUAUUCCCCGGUGGGCCGUUUACCGCCUCGAUACAAAUCCGUUUCAAGAAGCCUGCCAACACUGCCCAGACUCGUCUUGAGACCCGAACCCUCGACUCGAAGCUCGACCGCCUCGCCUCCCACCACCGCCGCCUCCUCCUCAUCCUCGGUCUCUACGACGUAGUCGCUGCCAAGAAACGCGGUCCCUACGUCUCUGUCAACCUCCUCUCCCGCUGGGCUUUGCAUGCCGGUUUCGACACCCUCACUGCCGGCGAGAUCCUCCGCAAGUACCCUCACGUUUUCAAGGUGUUCACGCACCCGGUGAGGAGGAACGCAUGCUGCACAUUCACUUCGAAAUUCGUCGAAUUGUUGAAGCUGGAGGAUGAGGUCUUUAUCACCAUGGAGGAUGCCAAUGUGAUUAAGAUCAGAAAGAUCUUAGCCAUGUCUGAAAAUGGGAGAGUUCACAUACACGCGAUCAGAUUGAUGAGACGGGAAUUGGGGUUACCUGAAAAUUUUAGGGAUUCGAUAAUCAGAAAGCGUAGCGAGGUAUUCAGAAUGGUAGAUUUAGAGGUCGUAGAAUUGAUCGAAGGGGCGGUAAGCUUCACAGCCGAGGUGGAGAAAUGGAGGGAGAGAGAAUACAGAGAGAAAUGGCUGAGCGAAUUCGAGACGAAAUACGCAUUCCCCAUUAGCUUCCCAACAGGGUUUAAGAUAGUUGCGGGGUUUAAGGAGAAGCUGAAGAACUGGCAGCGCCUUUCCUACCUGAAGCCUUACGAAAAGACGGAAAGCGUCCGUGUUCGUGUUCGUGUCCGCACGUGCGGAGGAGUCGAGAGGUACGAGAAGCGCGCGGUCGGAAUCAUCCACGAGCUCCUGACCUUGACCGAGGAGAAGAUGAUGGACGUGGAGAGAUUGGCGCAUUUUAGAAAGGAUCUCGGGAUUAUGGUUAACGUGCGUGAGCUCCUUUUGAAGCAUCCAGGGAUUUUCUAUGUGGCUACUAAAGGAAAGAGUCAAAUUGUGUUUCUUAGAGAAGCUUACAAGGGGGAUUGUUUGGUUGAGGCAAAUGCAGUUUAUGGUGUUCGAAGGCGGAUGUUGGAGCUUAUGUUGUUGGGUUGUGGUAAUACGACGAAACGGAAAGACGAAGAUGAAGACAGAGAAGCCGAAGGGCGCGGAGAUGAUGAAGUUUUUCAUCAAAAUCAGAAUGGAAGAACACCUGUGAAAGAUGGUGAUUUUGUCAUCCCAAUCUUGCAGAAUUACUUCAAAUGAUGAUGUAAUUCCACUUGAUAGAGACAUAAGAGUUGAUAUUAUUCAUUGCACACGGUUUACCUAUGUAUACACUUUUCAUUUCUUCAAAAAAAAUUCGAAAGAUGAAUAUUCACUGGA